GUAAUCCUGAGCAAAAGCAGCCCUUCUGUUCGCCAACAGUCCCAUCGUCUCGACACUGCUAUUGACCUACUGACAUCAUCCCAUUCGGUCUUGCCCAAUUGAGCUCCAAGCUCAUUGACUAAUUGGUGAUAAACGAACCGGGACAAUGCGAUGAGAUAGUUUGGCUCCCAUGGCUACUAGUACUCAACCUAACAUGGAGAAGUUCCUCCGGGACUGGCGCCAGGAUGCCCUGAACAAGGCGCAAUACGAGUCGGCUAUCUUCAUCGGGGACAAGUUAUUAGCCCUGACAGGCGACGACAACGACGCUUUUUGGCUAGCUCAGGUCCAUUUCGCUCACGGAAACUACACUAGAGCCCAGGUUCUGCUCUCCAAGCAGGAUCUUAUCACGCGCAAUCCAUCAUGUCAAUAUCUUGCAGCCCACUGCUUGAUAAAACAGUCCCGGUUCGAGGAGGCACUCGGUAUCCUAGGCGAGCGCACCCCUCCCCAUCUCAUCUCCAGUGGCUCGAAGCGAAAGACACAUACGAGACCCAACAACCGGCUUGCGGCAGGCAAGACCGCAUCCAAAGAACGAACACGGGAGGACUCGGCCGCUGAUGAAGAAACGGCCAACAGGCGCUAUGAGGCCUCCAUGUGCUACCUGCGAGGCAUCUGUUAUGCAAAACAGAAUGCCUUUGAUCGUGCCAAGGAAUGUUACAAAGAUGCUGUCCGUGUUGAUGUUCAAUGUUUCGAGGCGUUCAAUCAGCUUAUGAAGAACUCUCUGAUGUCGCCGGACGAGGAGGAUGAAUUCCUCGAGUCCUUGAACUUCGAAUCGAUCAAGGCACCCGGCGACGACCCGGAAAUGGCCGAAGAAGAACCUGCCGAGUAUGUUCAUAUGCUCUACCAGACACGACUGUCCAAAUACCGGAAUCCCAGGGCUUUCAACACGGCCAUGGAAUCCCUUUCGUCUCAUUACGGUCUGGCGGACAAUCCAGACCUGCUCCUUGCACGUGCAGAUCUUCUCUAUACCCAGUGCCGAUUCAAGGAUGCUCUCUCCAUCACCUCAUCCAUCCUUGACAACGACAAAUACAACUUUAGUAUCUACCCCCUACAUCUUGCUUGCCUCCACGAGCUCAAGAUGACGAAUAGUCUAUUCCUCGUUGCCCAUGAUCUCGCCGACAACCACCCCGAAGAGCCGUGUACAUGGCUUGCUGUGGGCAUCUACUACUUCGCCACAGGCAAAAUUGCGGAGGCCCGGAGGUACUUCAGCAAGGCGAGCAUGAUGGAUGCACAUUUUGGGCCGGCUUGGAUCGGGUUUGCACACACCUUUGCCGCCGAGGGAGAGCACGAUCAAGCCGUGUCAGCAUACUCGACGGCGGCGCGGCUCUUCAUGGGCACACACUUGCCGCAGGUAUUCCUCGGGAUGCAGAGCCAUGCAAUGAACAACAUGACGGCUGCGGAGGAAUUUCUUAAAACAGCAUACGGUCUGUGCAAGACUGAUCCGCUCCUGCUCAAUGAGAUGGGUGUUGUGAUGUAUCAUCAGAACAGGCUGAAGGAGGCAGCCUCUGUGUUUACGGAGGCACUCAAGAUCGCAGACGAGAUCGAUAGCGACCCUCAGGCGUGGCUUGGUGCCAGGACUAAUCUCGCUCAUACGUUCCGGAGACUGAGGCUGUUCAAGCAAGCCCUGGAAGAGUUCGACAGGGUCCUACGCGAUGGGGGCAAGGAUGCGGCCAUCUUCACCGCCAAGGGUCUGAUCUAUCUUGACCUGGGCAAACCCGAAGAGGCGGUCCGACUGCUCCAUGAGGCGCUCGCCAUACACCCCCAGGAUCCCAUUGCAACGGAACUGCUUAACAAGGCGCUGGAGGAGACGGCUGGUCGUGAUACCUCGCCGCCCGAGUAUGACGAAGGCAUGGCCACCUUCGAAAGGGAAUUGGCCCAGCGGAAGAUCCAGGCCAGAUCGAAGUUUGCGAGCAAUACUCGGAGGUGUGCUGGUAAAGGCAAGGGCAUCAGCAGGCGAGUCCCGGGCGGACAUGGCUAUGGCCUCGACGAAAAGGGUGAAGGUCGUAUGGAGAUUACCGAUGAGUGAUGACGGGACCAGUCUGGGUUAUGGUCCGGCUUUGUAUACAAGUUUAUUGGCGCUGCGUCAGUCACGCUAGGGACACUUUAGUAACAUGGGAGCAUCACAAUGGCGUCCUGAGGAUCGGGGGGGGUU